UCAGUCAGUCAGUCGUCUGUGUGACCGCCGUUGCUCGUGGUACGUGUUUGGUGUCGUUCCUUGUGCGCUCUGCGACAUCUUUCUGCGCCGACCACGUGUGGUGGCCAACGAUAACGUAAGCAAAUUUCGCAGGGACCGUAUGACGUUUGGAUUUUAAUAAUAUUAGUUAUUGUCAAUCGCGUUAAGACCGUUGUCUUCCCACGGCACUGCCCGAAGUGAUCACUAUGAACCCGUCUUCUACUACAUGUUUCAUCGUUGUCGACGUCCUCCUUCACCGUCGCCGUCGCCGCAACCGUCUUCGACCGAAUUGUUGAACACGUAACCCGACGAGUACUGAAUAAUAUCAUUGUAGCGUUGCCUCGACGGAUUUCGUGUGGAUUUAAAGUGUGCGCGGAGGGAGAUCAAUUUCAAUAUCGUCGUUUUACCAAUCCCGGUGUUAUGAUGUUAUACGUGUUACCACCGCAGACGACCGCGGGUCCACCGUCGCCUUGGACUACGAUUCUUUGCGACGGCGAUGGCCAGCAAGAGUCAGCGACGGUGACGGUGGCCAACGGUGGCCGGUUGACAUAUAAACGAAACGCCAGCAACAACAGACGCGUCAAAGCGUGGUUGAAUGCCGUGCAGAAGAACAACCGUCCGCCACCGCCCAGAAAACCCAGGGUGGAUGCCGUCGUUGCGGCUGGUCCCGAGGAUUCCGGAGCUGGUAGUUCAUUAGAUGAAGAUGAACCCAUCAAAACAAAUCGCAGACUUAGUGAGUGUUAUUUCGCCAACAAAGGUUCAGCGACUGUUCUAUGUUCGCCCAAGUCGCACCACCAACAGCAACUGCAAUCCCGACGUAAAAGACACCACCAUCAUUCGCACCCACAUAGACACCAGUCGUUGUCUGCUCCAGCAUCCAGUCGGCUGUCCGCAGGCAAUGAAGAAAUGCAGACGCGUGCGAAUAAUAUACAGGCGCAUUUGCAGUCCAUGUUCCACAUACUUAGGCCUGAUGAUAGUCUGAAUAUGGCAGUAAAGUUGGAAAGUGUACAUUCCGGCCGUACCAGAUAUUUAGUUGUAGUAUCGUGUAUAAAUGGAAAUAGUCAAGAAGAAUCCUGUCUUUUGGGUCUAGAUUGUAACCAAAGAACUACUAUAGGAUUGGUGCUUAGACUUCUUGCAGAUACCACAAUUACACUGGACGGAGAUGGUGGAUUUAGUGUUAGUGUAUGCAGCCGACAACAUAUUUUUAAACCCGUCUCGGUGCAAGCUAUGUGGUCAGCCCUCCAAUCCUUACAUAGAGUCAGUGCUCAAGCUCGUGAACACAAUUUUUUUGAAGGAGGCCUAACUCACGAUUGGAUAACGCAUUAUGAAAAACAAAUUUCUUCUGACCAAUCAUGUCUUAAUGAAUGGAAUGCAAUGGAUUCAAUAGAGUCACGUCGUCCUCCUUCACCUGAUUCGCUGAGAACGAAACCCAGUGAACGUGAAGAAACAGAACGUGUAAUACGAAGUGCUCUAAAAGAAGUCAUGAUGAGCGUAGAUCUAGACGAAGUGACUUCGAAAUUUAUUAGGGGUCGAUUGGAGGAAACACUAGAUAUGGAUCUAGGUGAAUAUAAACCAUUCAUUGAUCAAGAAAUGCUUACCGUGUUAGGUCAAAUGGAUGCUGCCACGCAAAUAUUCCCACACGUUUAUUUAGGUUCUGAAUGGAAUGCGUCGAACCUUGACGAACUCAAUCGAAACGGUGUACGACAUAUACUAAAUGUAACUAGGGAAAUUGACAAUUUCUUUCCCGGAUCAUUCAAAUAUCUGAAUGUUAGAGUAUAUGACGAUGAAAAAACAGACCUUUUGAAACAUUGGGAUAAUACGUUCAAAUAUAUAAAAAACGCCGAGCAAGAAGGCUCUAAAGUUUUAGUUCAUUGUAAAAUGGGUGUCAGUCGGUCUGCAAGUGUUGUUAUAGCAUAUGCUAUGAAAGCAUACAACUGGUCAUUUAAAAAAGCAUUCGAUCACGUUCGAUCAAAACGAACCUGUAUUAAACCCAAUAAACAUUUUAUCCUACAAUUAGAGACUUAUCAAGGGAUUUUAGCUGCAAUGAAAAAUCGCGAAAAACUACAGCGCUCCAAAUCUGAAACUAAUUUGGUGGCUACAUCGGGUCUUAUCACUCCGCCAAAUUCACCUAAAAAGCCUUUGGACACACCGAGAUCUCAAAGCGAAGGUGAUAAAGAUGCUACACCGCCGGAUCGGUUAGACAAAGAAGAUGGUCCUGUUGUCCCUAGUCCACCUACACAUCUGAUGCCACCAAAGUUAGAUGUUAGCGGAUACGACCUAAUGAAAUGUGGUGGAAGACCUAAGUCGUGGUCUCCGGAAAAUAAUUUUGCCACCGAUAUUUUAUCCAACUCUACAUUACUGUCCCAAUCAUUGGAGAAAAUUAAUGUGGAUAAAGUUGCUAUUGAAGUAGAAGUUGAAGUUCCAAAUAUUCCACCGGCCCCUCCAUUGCCUCCUUUUGAAGCUCAUAAGUACAACGUUAGUGUAUUUAUGCCGUGCGGUAAUGGACUGAGAUCUUAUAGUGUAUCACAAAAUAAAAUCGUUCAGUUACAACCUACUCCACCUCCUCCGAGACCGUCAUCAGUUAAACUUCGGGUCAACGAAUUGGAAUCGAGCAGCAGCAACAGCAGCGGUAGCAGUAGCAUCGGAGUAGGUAACGGUUGCACUUCUAGUCCGGAUCGUAAGUCAACAAUGGAUCCAAGCCGAAAUCUAGUACUAAAUCUCACCACCCAGUUUGAAGGCGUGGUGGCCUCGUCGAGCGCCGCCAACUCUCCUUCCGACGAUAUUCUAGUCAAACCCCUGCCAGCGGAGUCACCGAAAUUCAACCGUAUCGCUGUCAACCGACCUGUCGCUGCGGUCAACGUUUACCAAAGUAAACGCGAUACCGUUGGUGGCUGCGGUGACCUGUUCUCGUCCCGCCUGGAUCGAGUGUUCGAGCGCGAAGAGCGCAAACAGUGCCGCGAGCCCGACCCAGUGGUGAUGAGCAGUGGCGGGGCCGAUGUUUCUAGGCAAAACUCGUGGGGCUCGUAUGACAGUGCUGUCGUGUUGCGAGACGUCAUAUCCAGACACAGCUCGUGGGGCUCUUGCGACACCCGUACUCUGCCGUCGAGGAACAGUUCGUGGGGCUCGUACGACAUUCGACCGACUAUGCAGUACGUGAGUGAACGAGGCGAGAGGCCGACGAUCGUGGAGUCGUUGUCGUCGUCGUCAUCGUCGUCGUCUGCACCGACGAAAAUAGCCACGGAAGACGUGAUGAGUUACCAUCCGACGAAAAGAUCAAAGCAAAAGGACCAACAGAAACUGCUGUUGCCAAACUGUUACUCGAGCUCGCCGACGUUGGGUCAAGGCGUUUCGCCCAAGUUGGCCAAUCGGGCGACAGCAUCUCAGCCCAACAUAUCCGGUCUGGGCAACGGCAGUUGCAGUAGCAGCAAACACAGUAGUCUGGUGAAAAGUCUGAAAGAAGAGUUCGAGGCCAAGGCCAGUGAUACUGUGGAGAAACCUCCGCGGAAAAACAGCAGCGGAGGUAGUGCCACGGAAGACGAUGGCAACGAACACGUCAAAAGCCUACCCACGUCGCCCGUCAGCGAACAUCCUAAAGUAACGCAGCGACCUAGUCCAGCAGCGUCCAUGGAAGACAUAUCGGUCAGGAAACUUGUCGGAAAAUACGAGAACGGCAGGGCUCGGUCUAAAACGUUUGUCCAGGACAGCGGAUGCCCACGCAUACCUCAUCAACAACCUCCCGUGCCCCCUAGAGUGUCCAGUUUAGACGCGACCGUUAUCGGACCCCGAAAGUUCACCAAGGCAGAAUGCAAUCCCGUUGUUAAAACUGUCGUGUUGCCCAUACAGCAAAGUGACAUCCGCGCAUCUAUCAACCGUGCAGCUAACAAUAAAUUGCAACAGGGCAAAUCGCAUCCGUUAACUAAGUUAUCAUUUAAACAGCUUAAGGUCAACAGUACCGUUUAUAACAGUAUGUAAAACAAUUUUACCGUAAAAAAAUAAAAGCAAAAAAAUGUCGACUUAUAA